AAAACCCGUCAAAACCGACUCACGGGCUCCAAGGCAAUGAGAAUAAGGGCAGUAAUUCAUAGAGGACGGUCCUCACAUCCCCAUCCUCAAGUUUUGUGGCGUUACAUGUUUUAUCUGAGGUAAACUACGGGGAGAGCUUCAUCUGAAGGACGUUUCUCAGUAAUUCAUCACCAUCAAAGAAAAUCCGUCCGGGAAACAAGGGACCGACACAAAGUUUCUCUAUACACCUUCCUCUCACACACACGCACACUUGAAGACCGAGAAUAAUCGCUCUGAAAGCAUGGAGCCCGCCGAGAUGAACACUAUCCCCAAUGGAAAGGGGCACGAAGCUGGGGAGGAGACAACUGCAAUAAAAAGCCAGUCAGAAGAUGCAGCUCGGGAACUUGUACCAAAUAGCACUGAAAAUGCCAGAACUCCAGGUAAUGCAGAGGCAAACCUGGCAGAAAGCUCGGAGUUCCUGUCCAAUGCAGAUGACAAGAAAACUCCUCGCUUCACGGAUUUUGAGGGAAAGACUUCUUUUGGGAUGUCCGUCUUCAACUUGGGAAACGCCAUCAUGGGAAGUGGAAUUUUGGGAUUAGCGUAUGCAAUGGCCAACACGGGCAUUGUCCUCUUUAUAAUUCUCCUCACUGUUAUUGCUGGUCUGUCUUCAUACUCCAUUCACCUGCUGCUAAAAUCUUCAGGCGUUGUGGGCAUUAGAGCUUAUGAACAACUGGGCUUCCGAGCCUUCGGCACACCAGGCAAGAUGGCUGCCGGCAUUGCAAUCACCCUGCAGAAUAUUGGAGCCAUGUCCAGCUACUUGUACAUAGUAAAGUAUGAGUUUCCACUGGUUAUCCAGGCUUUUCUCAAGGUGGAUAAUCCAUCAGGGGAGUGGUAUUUAAAUGGCAAUUACCUGGUCGUCAUUGUAUCAUGCAGUGUCAUCUUGCCACUGGCUUUAAUGAAGCAGCUCGGGUACCUGGGCUACACCAGCGGUUUCUCUCUCAGUUGUAUGGUCUUCUUCCUUAUUGCGGUGAUCUAUAAGACGUUCCAGGUCAAAUGUCCUUUUGAUGACUAUGCCCAUAACAGGACAGCAUUGGGCUUUAACACGAGUGUGGCGGCUGACCCCGGAGGAGUGGCGAUGACCCCUGAGGGUGACCCUGCCUGCACCCCCCGCCUCUUUAACCUCAACUCACAGACGGCCUACACGGUUCCCAUCCUGGCGUUCGCGUUUGUGUGCCACCCCGAGGUGCUGCCAAUUUACACGGAGCUACGCAAUUUGUGUGUAGAUAAGGUGGAAGCUGAGCUGUUGCAUACCUACAGUCGAAUAGACCCGUACGACACACUCAUCCUGUGCGUUCGUCUGGCUGUGCUGACUGCCGUCACACUCACUGUACCCAUCGUGCUGUUUCCUGUAAGGAGAGCAAUUCAGCAGUUGUUCUUCCCAAAUAAAACCUUCUGGUGGCCACGUCACAUUGCCAUAGCUGUCACCCUCCUCACCAUCAUCAACUUACUGGUCAUCUUCGCCCCGAACAUCCUGGGCAUCUUCGGAGUCAUCGGUGCCACGUCUGCGCCGUGCCUCAUCUUUAUAUUUCCGGCUGUGUUUUACAUCCGCAUUGUUCCCAAGGAAGAGGAACCUAUGCGAUCAGCACCGAAAAUCCUUGCUGCUUGCUUUGCCAUUUUAGGAGUCCUAUUUAUGGUAAUGAGCCUCGGCUUCAUCAUCAUUGAUUGGACAUCAGGGAGCAGCAAAGGAAGCAGUGGUCAUUAGGCCUCACCCUCUAAUGGUUUAUGCUUUUUAAUAUUACUUUCGGGUCAGUAGUUGGGGAGGAUGCAUAAUCUCUCAGUGAUCAGUCACAAGAGUAUUACCAGAUUCCUAGCUUUAAUUGCAUUCAAUCAAUGCAUUAUUUAGCCGUGUGACCUGCAUGUGCUGUAAAUGGGGUUUUGACCCAUCUCAGGCCAGCAUUAAUAAAUCCAUUUAAAGGCCAUCCACUUCCAAAAAGGAGUGGAAAUAGUUUGUUUUAAAGCAGGGAGAAGACAACCAGAAAAGAAAAUCAGAACUAGAAAAUGAAAGCCCAUGAUAGUUAGUUUGUGCCAUAGUAACAGCACAUGCAGUAUGCAGGGUUUACGAACAAAAGGGAUUAUGCAUUCUAACCGAACAGACUCAUCAGCUUGCCCAACCUCCCAUCCAGCCCUUCAUAUUAUGACCUUUGAUCUCUGCCCUUCGGCCACAUUCCCAAGAGAUUAGAAAUCAAAGUAAGUGCUCAGUUCUUAUGGGAGGAUUGGUGGUUAUUAAAGUGUUUAUUUCAUCAUAUCUCAUCUUAGAUAUAGCAAUACUCUGUGCAAUAGCUGUGAGAUAUCUGACACUGAAGGCCGUUGAGAGGAGACACACAACCUCGUCCAGAAUCCAGACUUGAUUUGGCUGCAGUCUAUUACACUAUUUCAAAUUUAUGCAAAUUGUACGUAUAGAUGUACGUGUCACAUUUUUAUAUGGAUUUAUAAUGUUUAUCCUUUCUACAAUAUUUAGAGAUAAAUAUAUUAGUAGAUAUAUGAACAUAUAUAUAUAUAUAUAAAAGAGUAUUCCGAUUCAUCUGGUAUUCACAAGGUUAUCCAUCACAUCCCUUUACAGUAUUUGUGACUAUUCAGCUAAGAUGCCGUCUUUAAAAGAUUUCGAUUUAAAAAGACAGAAUUAUUCAAGAUGAAAGGCACAUUUGAAAUAUUCUUCUUUUUUUAGGAAUACUACUGUUGCGAUGGGAAAGCACAGAUUGGAAAGCACAGUUAAUCAUAGGGUCAGGUUGUAAUGAUCCCAUGAGUCCUGCUGAUAGACUUUGAAACACUCUCUGGAUUUAUAUGUAGAGAAAACCAAAAACACAGAUUCACAGGGUCUUCUCCUUAACUGGAGAAACAAAUGUGGUGCAUUGAUGCACAUAAAUGUUUUAGUUACAGGGCAAAAUGGCAUACAUGUGGUUACCUUGCCCGGUGGAAACUGAUUGGUUUUGCUUCUAGAUAGGCUUUAAAAAAAGAGGCUAUUAACCCAAGUAGACUGAUGAUUUUGGAGAUCGGUUCCCGCACAGGGUCAUUCUGCGAUUACUGAAUCCUUAAACUACAGCACUUUCAGUUGAAGCACAACCUCCGCUCAAUCUCUUGACCUAGUGACCCAGUUAUGACUUAUGACAUAAUCGUAGAUUAAUAUAUUUUGUAGACAGAUAUAUGAUGAACAAAGCCUAUGUACUACUAACUGUAAAUUGUUCAAAGAAAAGAGUAAUGUGUGGACGUCUAACAUGGUACAUGAAUAUUUUAAACUUUGUAAUUGAAACUCAUCAUCCUAAAAACAAACAAACAAACAAAAAAAUCAAGCACUUACUGGCCCAUAAUGAUCUUAGUGGUAACACUGUGGUGUUUUAGUGUGUGUAUGUGUGCGUUCUCUCCUCUUCUCGCUUAUGAAGAAAGGAUACUUCAGUCAGUGAACGUACUGUAAUGGACUAUAAGAUGUCUAAAUGA